GUUGGCUCUAGAAUAAUGAAAUAAGAGGAGGACAAAGAUUUUGAUACUUUAGCAAGCAUUUGGAUGCACAUGAAAUAAGUAAGAGAUAUUGAGAUAAUAGUAAAUUAAUAAUGGAAAUUAGAUAGCAGAGGGAGACCAAAAAUUACUUAAUAGUUAGUUAACAUAGUAAUAAGUGAAAUACAAUCCAAAAAGUGUUUCAAUUUAAAUUCAGAAACAGCAAGAAGAAUUAUUUUAAAAAAACUCUAAACUAAUUGAUGCAUAACAAAAGAUAAAUGAACUUGAGGAGAUUAACCAUAAGCAGCAAAAAGAGAUUGAGAUCUUGAAAUAAGAAAAAGAAUUGAUACUGCAGAAAUUCGAGAUGAUAGAAGAUGUUAUUGAUAGUUUAUAGAUGGAUAAAUCAAGUAAUAGAUUGAUCAGACUUGAAAAUGAUUAAUUAAAAUAAGACAUAACUAGAUUGUUAGGCCUAUUGAAGUAAACUAAAGAGUUUAAUGAUAUAUAAAUAGAAAACAAUUAGCAUUACAUUUAAGCUGAAUUUCAAUAGCAGAAAUCUAAAGUACUUGAAAAUGGAAAUAAGAAACUUGAAGUCUAAGUUUAAGUCAAAGAAGAGAUGUAAAUGAAUAUUUCUAUUAAGAUUUUGGAUCCCAUAAAAAGCAAUAGACAUAAUCAAUAAUAUCGAUAUGAAUUGCUCUUAAAAAAAUGAAUUGCUGAUAUGUCUUAAUUCUGCUUUUUAUGAGCAUUAUACUUCCAAAAUUAACAAAUUAAAAUAGUUGACUGAUAGUGAAAUUAACAAUCUGAAACGAUAAUUAAAUUCAAGAAUACCCUAUGAAGGAAUUAUGACAUAAAAGAAAACCGAGAGAAAUUUAAAGGUGUAGUUCUCUGAUCAAAAGUCAGAAUCAAAAAAGUCUAAGGAAACAAUCAAUAGAAACCUAUUUUAAAAAGUAGAUGAGUAAUUGAAAGUUAGCAAAGUUAUAGAUAAGUCCUAAAUCUUUAUGGAGGGAGCAACUUGGAUUAGUAUUAUACUAUUUUAUCAUAGUGGAAAAGAUUAACAAUGAAAUCACAUCAUACGAAAUGGGUGUCUAAGCUCUGAAUUAAGAAUUGAGUCUGAAGAUUGACACUCUUAUUGAUUAAGAAGAUUUAGCUUACAAAGCAAUUAUUAAUAAGGUGAUCAUCACUUUAACAUUAUUAGAUAUUCAAAUGGAUCACUGAUGCCUCUGAAGAAUCGAUAUACUCUUUAAAGGAAAAGUUAAACUGCAUAAUGGAAUCCACUUAGAGCAGAGCAACUACAAGAAGAACAUUUUAAAUGACUGAAAAUGCUUUCAAUUGA